AUGGAGACAUUGAGCUUUGCACCCCAUUCCUUGGCGUUAUCUGAUCUUAUUGGUGAUCAAGAUCCUGAGGCUCUAAUUACGAUAUCAUACCACGCCUUAGGGCUUGGAGACCUAAUUGGAUACUCCCACCCAAAAUUUCCUAACCUUUGCAGCUCAAUCAGCCAGACAUCACGCCAAACGACAACACACGACAGCAGCAGCAAAGAGACCCCUCAACAACUCUCCCUAAAGUCUCAUAAUACAAAAACAUGGCUCGGUCCAAAGAAGCACUUGAAGAGGCUUAAUGCCCCCUCUCAUUGGUUGCUCGAUAAACUUUCUGGGAAAUACGCUCCCAGACCUUCCCCUGGCCCCCAUAAGUUGAGGGACUGCAUGCCUCUAGUUGUUUUCAUUAGAAACAGACUUAAGUAUGCUCUCAACAGCAGAGAAGUCAAGGCCAUCGUAAUGCAGCGUCUCGUCAAGGUCGAUGGCAAAGUCCGCACGGACCCUACCUUUCCCGCUGGCUUCAUGGACGUUAUCACCAUCGAAAAGACCGGCGAGCGCUUCCGUCUUAUCUACGAUACCAAGGGACGUUUCACCAUCCACCGCAUCACCGAGACCGAGGCCUCUUACAAGCUCGCAAAGGUCAAGCGUGUUCAGUUGGGCGCUAAGGGGAUCCCAUAUCUCGUUACCCACGAUGCCCGCACCAUCCGCUACCCUGACCCCACCAUCCGUGUCAACGAUACUGUCAAGAUUGAUAUCGAGACCGGAAAGAUCAUCGACUUCAUCCGCUUUGAUACCGGUACAAUCGCCAUGGCUACCGGUGGCCGCAACAUGGGUCGUGUUGGUGUCAUCACUCACCGCGAGAGACACGAUGGUGGUUUUGAUAUCGUUCACAUCAAGGACGCUAUCGACAACACCUUUGCUACCCGCCUUAGCAACGUUUUUAUCGUCGGCCCGGACAAGCCAUGGAUCUCCCUGCCAAAGGGCAAGGGUGUCAAGUUGACUAUCGCUGAGGAAAGGGAUCGUCGUCGUGCCCACACUCUUUCGUAG